CCUUUUGAAGACAUCAAAGAGGAUGAGAAAGGGUAUGUACUGCCCUUAGUCCUCAUCAACAGGUUUCCUAAGGCUGAAGAAAAAGCCCAGGAGGUUUCGGGCUUCCAGCUGAGGGGACAUAGGGCUACACCAUAUCCACCCCCCAUACCAACUCCUCUGACUGAGACAGGACAAGGCAGUGAAGCUGAAAGGGGACCAGGAAAGAUAAUAGGAAAAGGGAAAAAAAGAGAAAGUGGAGCUGGAAGGUGUAAGGCACAUGUGCUUGAUGGCCCAAUUGAGCAAGAGUCUGGAUGGAACGGACCUGAAGUGGCAGACACUGCACAGCAGCUUCCAAAGUUCUGCCCUAAAAGAGCCCCUGGAUUACAGGGUUUUGUGGGUGUUACAUAUUCACUGGCACAAAUCUUCAGGCAGUUUUUUAGUGUCACAACUGUCAGAGUGAUCUGUUGUAACACCAAUAUAAAUGCAGAAAAGGAACUGUCUAAAGGAAAAAAGUUAGCCUGGGAAAAGCUAACGUCUGAUACGUUUCUAAAGUACAUAGGGCUUUUGAUUUAUAUGGCAUUACUGAAACUGCCAAGAGUUCGAGACUACUGGAGGCGGGACUCGCACCUUAGUGUACACUUUCCUGUUUCUGUCAUGACCAGAGACAGAUUCAUGGCAAUAAGCAGAACUGUACACUUGAGCAACCCAGAUGAUGACAUUGAAAAUGACAGGAAAAAGGGCACCCCUGACUAUGACCCACUCUAUCGUCUCAAACCUCUUUACAUCACAAUAAAAGACACAUGCAAGUCGAUGUGGCAGCCAAGGAAGCAAAUUGCCAUCGAUGAAAGGAUGGUGGCCACAAAAGCCAAAAUUGCCCUCAAACAAUAUAUGAAGGCAAAGCCAAUCAAGUGGGGCGUGAAGCUGUUUGUGCUCGCUGACUCCAGCAAUGGCUACACCAGUGACUUUACCAUCUACACUGGAAAGAGCCGCUUCACCUCCAGCCAGGGUCUCCCAUAUGAUGUUGUCAGCAACCUCAUUGAUCCAUCAUUCCUGGGCAGGGGGUAUCAUUUGUAUGUUGACAACUUUUACACAAGCCCAAAACUCUUUAGGGACUUGUAUGCUAGUGGUUUUGUGGCCUGUGGCACUUUUAAGGACUCGCGUAAGAAUGUCCGGGAAACAAAGCAAAACGCACUCACCUCACGGAGCCCCAGGGGUUCAAUUCGAUGGAUUAGACAGAACAAACUACUAUUUGUUAAAUGGAUGGACACAAGAGAGGUCUCGGUGUGUUCAACCAUUCACAAAGCCUUCGAUGGAGACACCGUCACAAGGAAUGUCCACGAUAAAGAAACUGGAAGUUGGCAGAUCAAAAACAUUGCAUCACCUCGCUGUGUGGUGGACUAUAACAAAUAUAUGGGUGGUGUGGACCUUUCUGACCAGCUCCUCCAGUAUUAUUCUGUCCACAAGAGGUCUAACAGGUGGUACCGUACUCUGCUGUAUCAUUUCAUCGACAUUGCAGCAACCAACAGCUAUAUACUCCACAAGGAGAUGUGUUUGGCAGCACAGACUGUGGCUAUGUCUCAUGGACAGUUCAUGGAGGAGUUGUCCAGAGAAUUAUGUGGAGUCCCAAAAGGUAGUGAUGUGGCACCAAGAGGGGCACAGUGUUUACCCGAAUCUCUAGCCUCUGUGGAUGAGGAGACGGACUCUAAGUGGGAGAGAAGUAGGACAGCAGAUACUGCAACAAAGGGACGGCAGUACUGCAAGCUUUGAAAGAAGCGCACCAUCUGGAAAUGUGGACGCUGCGAUGUGGCGUUGUGUCUUGUUGCCCACAGAAACUGUUUCAGUAAUUGGCAUAACAGCAGGGGGUCAGAAGGUCAAUCACAAAAACCUCUGGAGCAGGACGAUCCAUCCAGUUUAGUUAUGUAAUUUUUUUUUAUGUCUGAACUGGUUAAUAUUCGAUUUU